AUGCGCCUCCUUAACGUGGACACGUUCACGUUCACGGACUUCUUCGGCGUCCAGCCGCCGCCCUACGCGAUCGCGUCGCACCGAUGGCUCGCGGGCAAGGAAGCGAUGUGGGAGGACGUACAGCAGCAGAAGGACACGGGUAAAGCAGGAUACCGGAAGGUGGAAGGGUUUGUGAGCUACAUAAAGACCCAGAUCCCAUUCGUGAAAUGGCUGUGGAUCGACACUUGCUGCAUUAAGCAGAACUCCGACCGCGAACUCUCAGAGGCGAUCAACUCGAUGUUUCGGUGGUACCGGGAUGCGGAAGUAUGUCUUGCGUAUCUGGAAGACGUGACGACGACGGACGACGUGGCGACUUUCAAGGGGAGCGUCUGGUUCAAGCGAGGAUGGACACUACAGGAGCUGCUAGCACCGGGAUUGGUCGUCUUCCUUUCUAAAGAUUGGGACGUUAUCGGGCACAAGGGACACAGCGGCUAUGGCCGAAGCAGGAUACCAGUGCAGACGGGCCCAUUGCUAGAGAGCCGCAUUGCGAUGAUCACAAACAUCCCGGAGGACGUCCUGCGCGACUACGAGGCGAGCAGAGAAUUAGACACUGAUAAGAAGAUGAAUUGGAUGACGGGCAGGGAGACGACACGAGGGGAAGACCUCUCAUACUGCCUCCUGGGCAUCUUAGACGUGAACAUGAACAUUAGGUACGGCGACGGCAAGGAGAAGACAUGGGCACGGCUUCUGCAGAAGGUGUCCAAGAAGGGCAAUUUGACAGCAGGGACAGCGCAGGAUCAGUAUCGCGUUCCGUUCAGUCGUAGAGGUAUCCCCUUUACUGACUUCUUCGUACCACGAGACGCGGACAUGCAGCAUCUGACGUCCUACUUCCGGUCUACUGCGACAGCUCGGCAACAGCGGGUGUUUGUCGUGCAUGGCAUGGGCGGCAGCGGCAAAACGCAGCUUUGCGCAGAGUUUGCGCGGAUGUACCGAGAACAAUUCAGCGCUGUGUUCUGGCUGGAUGGGUCCUCGAGGGAUGCGCUUAGACAAUCGAUGUUCAGCGCAGCUCUGCGAUUGCCGAUCAAUAAGGGGCAGCAGUCAAUAGAGACUCCAAGUGCGGGUGCCGACUCAGCCCAGAUGAGCGAAAGCUUCCUGCAGUGGCUUGCUCUGCCGGACAACAAGGACUGGUUGCUUAUCAUCGAUAAUGUGGACCGUGACUGGCAGUCUCAAGCGAAGGAUCCGCAGGCAUUUAACUAUAGCGAGUUCCUGCCCAAGCGGACCACGGUAGCAUCCUCGUAA